AUGUACCAAGGUAAACCCAUAUUCGGCGCUCCGCUGCUCGUGUCUUCCAUCGAAGUCGUACCUCAUCUAAACAUCGAUUUCGACGUAUUCAGGUUCGGUCAUUCCAGUAGCGUCGCUAUGUUGUCAACAGGUAAUCCUGGCGACAGAACAGACUACAUGCGUGGAAUAACAGCCUUUUCUAUUUUUCUCUGCAUUCUGACGAUUUGUUGGGGGGUCACUCUCUUAGUACUCAAACUCCACUUCGGACCCGGCCGUGUCGGAUGUGCGGCUAGCGGCGGACCUAUCGACGCUCCAGCGCUGCGCAAGCAAGGUGUAUCAAGGAGGCAGCGAAAGCAACGCAUCGUCCGAGCCUGGCGAACACAAGCGACAUUUAUGACAUUAUCCAUGAUGAUUCCAUUGUUUUCGGCGCUUCUUGUGAAUCACGGGUUGCGGACUUUUAUAGAAAGCUUGCAUGAUGUGACCCAAUUCAAUGAUGAUGUCGAUUCGCUGGCGUAUCGUGGAAUUGAGAUUAUUCAUUCGCUGGAUGGUAUCGCUCGAAAUCUGCAAGCAGACGAAUUUUUAAAUGAUAUGCGUUCCGACUUUGGCACUAGCUGUCCUGAUUCCGAUAGUACAAAUAUGACGAUACAGUCUUUGGGCUUCGAAACGCUUCGAGAAGUCAUUGUUGAUGGAGCAGAUCGAAUUGAAUCUUUACUCCAAAACAGCUUGUAUCGGUUGUCGGACGCUCUUUCACGCAUCGUAUCUGAGACACAAGCAGUCGACGAUACCAUAACUUCUGUUUAUCAGUUCGGUUGGAUAUUCAAACUCUUUCUUGUUCUCGUCAACGUGAUCAACCUUUUCCUUUGGAUUGGCGUCGUCUUGAGCAAGGUCGGUGUUGAGUUUCAUGGCUAUCAAGUGAUCCUAUCGUGGGCUAUCCUACCGGCGUUCGGACUAUGUAUCCUAGCCACUGUGAGUGCAGCCGGCACCUUUCUGGCUAUAGCUUUGUUCAAUGCUGAAUAUUUGAUGAUCCCCGCGCUUACAAAAGCCACUUGGCCUACAGAUUUUUGUGCCGGAGGACCAUCUCCAGGAAGCCCGCACGGCACAUUUCGCAGUUUAGUUCAAGCACAAGGCUUCCACGAAACAAAUUCGUCCUGGCAAGUCUCAUUCAUUCGCUUAAUAUUUGCGUCAAAGGAGUGCCAAGGUGAAAAUCCUCUUGAAUUUGUGUCGGUGCUACGGCAAGAAAUUAACGACGCGGGAGCUGAGGUUCUAAAUUUCGUAUCAGUAUUCACAGUCAACCACGAUAACAUCACAGAGUCAAACGCUGUAUGUGGACAUGAUGUUUCCAAGAUUUCUAUUUCUUUAAGUUCUCUUGGUGACUCGCUGAUGAAUACAGCAGGAUACUUGGAAGCAAGCAUGAAAUUGACUGACUGUUCAAGUGUCAAACCCGUUAUUGCACAGUUGCAAACAGGGUCCACAUGUACGGAAUCUGUGGACGGUCUGGCUUGGAUAUUUGGCGGACUACUUGCACUUUGGUUUAUUUGUCUCAUGAUGUUUUCUACACGAGCGGCUCUCUACAACCCAGUGUACAAAGCGAAGCGUCGGCUUCGUCGAGAAAGGGAAUUCGAAGAGUAUCGCGUAUGGAUGGCUCAAUUCUACGAAGACACCGAGGAAUGGAUGAUUGAUCCAGUAAAGAAAUACUUGAUGGCAACUCCCCAUCCGGAAACAUUCGAUACCGAUGAAACAUCCAGGUCUUCAGAGCUAUCCAAGAAGUCGGAUUCAAGUUCUACUAACUCAAGUCAUCUUUGCGACAGUCAAAUCUACAACAAGGCAGAAACUCUGUGCCAAACACCAUCGCAUAAAAAAUAUUCUGAACAAAUCAUGAUGACACCGCUGGCAAAGGCUGCUGUUGCGGCCGGACUAGUUGCCGCUGAAGCUGCUGCAAAACGGGCACUGAAUGGCGAUACGGGAGAGGACGAUGAAAGUUGUGCGUCUUCGGAAUCUUCAGAUUCUUUUGAUCAACCGAGCGUUGUGUCCAAUAUAUCAGUGCUGGUUGACCGUUUCUUCAGUGUUCGACGAAAUAGAACUCUCUCGACUUCUAUAGACAAUCCAAGACUCGUAAAUCCCUCCAACACUAGCUCGCAAAAUGCGAAAACGGAUUAUCCUCUCCCUUCUAAUCUGCUUGGAGCCUUGGACAUGAGUUUUCAGACCAACGAGGGAGAUGAUGAUAUCUUGGCUAGGGAACCACCGACACCAUCACCCGCUCGAUCACAAUCCCGUGGGCCCACGGCUCCGAUAAAGCUACUAAAAAGCCUCGGACGCACCCAAGGAGGCUCCAAGUUGGAACAAAGAGACUAG